AUGUUCAAAAAGAAUUCGCUUAGAAAACACGGGAGCCAGUCGCCUAGCGGAUCCAUAAGAGCGGUUUCGGGAACUUCUCCCGUGCCCUCUUUCAAUGCAGUUACGAAUGCAAUUAAAACAGCAGGACAAAAAGAUUUAUCAGACGGGUUGGAUUCGAAUCUCUUCCGAGUGGAUGAUUUGCACCAUUACGGAGUUUCGGGUGCGGUUGUGUCGUUCGCAUACGAUCCCAUACAGAGCUUACUGGCACUGUCAACAGACGAGGGUAAGGUUUAUGUGUAUGGCCAGCAGAGGGUGGAAGCUGUUUUCGAGCUCAAGACACAUCUUCCAAUAACCACGUUGAAGUUUUUGAGAGGAGUGUUUGUGGUAGCAAUUGACGCCAAGAGCACCAUCUUCACGCUGUCGUUGCAUACCAAUAAGAUCAUCUCCACCUACGUUGCACCUGCUCUCAUCACUGCGAUCGACGUUGACUAUUCACUGGAAUAUUUACUUCUGGGGCUCCAAACCGGAAUUGUAUGUGCCUUUGACAUCGAGAGAACACUUUUUGCAGAUUUUCAGCUGGCGAAUUUGCAAAAGGAGAUCAUGCCGAACGUGGAGACUUCGCCCGUGGUGGCUGCGAGAUGGCACCCCAGAGAUUUUGGCACCAUACUGGUGGCCUACAACUACGUGGUGGUGUCUUACUCGAUAAUUGAGGCUAAGAUCAUUAAGACCUUCGUGUAUGAUAUUCCCAAAGGAGCUCCUGGUGGAGAGAACGCCAGACCCGAAUUCGAUAGGUUUGGGGUCUACAAGCCCAAGGUGCGCAACGCUCUGUGGCAUCCCAACGGUCUCAACAUAGUGGUACUUCACGAGGACAAUUCCUUGGUGUUCUGGGAUGCCAAGACGGAAACUUUGCUGCAAGCACGGACAUUAUUUGACACGUAUGUGAACGUGCCGGCAAAUGGACCUUCGUUUGGGUCCAACAGGAGAGUGACUCCGAUCAUCAAGUUGGCGUGGCUGUGUCAGAACGACCCGGAGUACACCUCCCUGCUGAUAUGUGGAGGAGACUCAGAGGCUAGCGAGGGGGUUCACAAUCUUAUCAGAAUGGACUUUGGAGCAGCUCCGAAGUACUCCAUCACGUCGUACGAAAAGAUGGGCAAAUACUAUGCCCAGCCCAUCGAGCAACGGGUGUUCCCGGUUCACUCCUCCUCAAACAUCGUGGAUUUCUUCCCACUUGGAGAGUCCUCUCCGUAUUUCUCUGGAAACCACAACCCCAAGAUCGUGGCCGUUCUUUUCGAGAAUGGCGAGCUCAAAUUCAUGAACUAUCCAACUGGAAAUUUGAGUUAUACUGCCGAGCUUUUCCCCACAACGGUUGCGUGGCUCAACCCAAAGAUCACGUGCUCUCUUUCGUUUGCGGUCCCAAAAACAAUGUGGCUAGGAAUGUUGUCAGCGAAAAAGCGUAAACUUGGCGCUCUUUUGAAGGGAGGAACUCCAGCAAGACACAGAUAUAGAAAGUUUGAUCUCAAGUCUGUGGUGGUAACCGGUCACGAGAACGGUUAUGUCAGAUUGUGGGACUCUUCUGCGGGUGAGCUAGACAGUGACUCUUUGUUUGAGAUUGACAUAUCCCGAAUUUUGCUCGAUGAUUCCCCCGAGUUUGGGAUAAAGAAGGUGUCGUUUGCCCCAGAAACCGCCGAGUUAUCUUGUGCUUUGUUCAACGGGGACGUUAUGCUUUUCAAGUACCAGAAAAACCGCAACUUUCUGCCGACUGUGGGUGACUUGAACAGACGUCUGUCCAGCAUGGAGAUUAAAAAGAAUGACAAAUUAUUAAACGAUAUAAGUGAUCGAGCACCAAGGGAUAUUUCCGAGGGGUUCUUACCCUCUUCAUUGCUCAGGGCCAGAACCGGUACUGUGACUGCGGUGUGUAACAGCAGCGUGGGAUUCGUGGCUGUUGGAUAUGAGGAUGGUACCAUUAUUGUUAUUGACAGAAGAGGCCCGGCAGUCAUAUACAACGAUACUCUCAAGGAUAAGGGUCUUGCAAUCAAGCUGGUGGCCACUUCUAUUGAAUUUGCAAACUCCCCUCAGUGCAUUGAGCAGGGAGCCCUCUUCACGAUGUAUGUUGGAACGAGCAUAGGAAGACUUCUGACGUAUGACAUUGCUCGACUACCCAAUAGGCGUUACGAGGUCAAGUAUUCUGAUUCUGCGGAUGCUAACGAGUCCGAAAUCUUGACCAUUCUUCCCUUGAUGGCCGAUUCCGGAAGACCCAACUACGCAACCAUGGGGUUCACACCUUCUUCAGAGACAUCAAAUCUGGUUGUCACUGUCUCUUCGUCUGACAUUCGUGUCUUGAAAGGAUCACAAAAGGUUGCCCGCAAGAACUACGGAAAGGGCAUGGUGGCCGUGGGUGGAAUCACAGGAAGAACCAUAGGAACCAACCCGACCAACUCCAAAGUAGUGUUUGCUUUGAUAUUGGUGCUCAACUCCAACCAGGUUAAAGUGUUGUCCAUUCCUGCAUUGCACGAUAUCAAGACUCUGACACUUCCGUAUACCUUGAACAGAAGGUACUCUUCUCACAGCUCGAUCCUGCCCAUGGGAGAUGUGUUUCUGAGAAUCAAUGACACGGAAGCUGCUCUGAUUAACAUCAUGGGACUUCGUGAUACUGGAAAUAACGCUCACGAUGUGAGGCUCUUCAAUAAAGAUCUGGUGAUUCCAAGUCACCCAGCCGUGAACACUAUGCACGUGAUGAUCGGUAACGUCAAGGUGCCAACUUAUGAAGACUUCUGCAUGGUAAUGAGCGGUCCCCAUCGUACCAAGGCUACCCGUGCAGAAGCUCAACUUGCUUUUGCCGUGUCACCUUACAAUCCUGCAAAUAUCAAACUAUUGGGUAAUACGGCCACGCCCUCUUCAGCCUAUUACGACGAAGAGGUUCAGAUGAAGCGUCAAUUGAGCUAUUCUAAGCCAAAGAGCCCACGGACUGGAAAAUGGUUCCCUGGUGUUAAUGCCAGUAUGAGGAAGGCGUAUUACAAUGUGUCAGAUCAGAUAGACACAGCCCAAGAGACGGUCGACGACUAUGCAACUAAGAUGAAGGAUGAGCUGAACGCCGAGACGACUGAGGCCAGAAACGGGCUUCUUUCUGCUUUGGUCAAAACCAAGCUGGGAAUUUGA